CAAGACUUUGCGAUUGUCGCACAAUCCAGGCCCCCAGAGGACUUGACGUCUCAAGUAGCUUAUCCCACAUCAUUUCACCAUCUAUCUCACACUGACACGCACCUUCUUUCUGUCCAUGCUCCCCCUUCCCCCUCGGCCCUCGUCAGUUAGGGGGGGAGAGGGUGUGUGUGUGUGUGUAUGAAAUAUCAUAUCCGCGAGUGUGACACCACGGUUUAGUAUACACACAGCAGUACGACAAUUACAGCCGUUCGACGACGGCAUAGGCCUCUGAACAUCCAGUGCGCCAUGUUUGUCGCCAUUUUAGCCGUAUUUUGACAACAGAGGCCAAUCAACGGGCCAAGUUUUUGCAUAUCCAUGUCCUUUUAAUGCUUGCGCCGUUGCGUCGGGCCGUCGCCUUGUAGCCCAGGCUGAGCAUGGCUUUCCCUGCACUCGUACCCUUUCUCAUUCACCCCCUCCCCCCCCCUGGACGCCUUCAAUCCAUCCAUCUUGCAUCCCGCUUUCUCGUCGACUCCACCGCUGACAGCCACCCAUCCAUGUGCAAUUUGAUCCUCGAACGCGCACCCUAGCCUGUUUCCUAUGGGAGGCGGACCCUGCCCCUGCUCUCAUGCUAGCUUCGGCGAGUGACUAUGGAGCACACUUCACUCCCUUCCCCACUGCCACCUGCUUGUCUGCGUCCGCUGUCCACAUCCUUAGUACUUACUGAUGACAUUUCCUACUUCUGCCAAAAGCUGCUCUUCCAUUCCCAAAUCCACAGCAAUGCCGUUCCGCCAGUCCUUUUGAACCUCCUCCACGCCAUCGUCAAUCACUCUUCUUCUACCACUUCGCUUCCGCUUUCGCUACCAACCCCAUCCUCUCCUUCUUCCCUUUCUGAUCGUACGAGCCAAUCGUAUUCCCGCAAGCGACUGUCGCGGCUUUAUCCUUAGCUUUGACAGCAGCCAUAACAGCCGCCUUCCCUUGUCCACUGGGCCGGCCAUACACAACAGAUUCCAUCCCCGUGUUUAAUACUGCCUAGUAUUCAUACUCGUAGGGAUCUUACUGUCCCAUCUCCCCGUAUCAUCUAUUGCUUUGGCUCGAUAACCAAUCCGCUGUCCUUCUCUGCAAGCAUUACAAGGGUCGCCUUCCCCACGACAACAACAACAACAGAAAGUCACACGCACACCGGAUUUAAUCAUUUUCGAGGACAAUAGUACGACUCCUUGGUAUCUGCUUGCCUCAUCCAUGGUUACAAGCUUCAUCAUUUCGUCCAGCGAGUUGCGGGGUUUCGUGCACGUCUUUUAAUAGUCUGUCAACAUGGAGAUUGCAGGUCACAUAGCGACUGCGCCUUAUAGUCGCCCAGUAUUUGUCUCUCAUAAGAAGAAUGCUUUACCAGAGUCGGUGCAGUCAUCUGUGGAUUCGUUGGUGACCAUUGAUCCUUCCGUAUCAGCAUCACCCGGCUCAGAUGCAUCUUCGUACACUGACCAGCCUUCGCCUGAGCGACACACUGGAGCUCAUAUGGCAAAGAGGAAUUCGGUCUUCGGCCUCAGAAAUAGAAGCAACACUUCAAACUCGACUACGUCUUCAUCGGGGCCGCUAAACUCAUCUACUACGGCUGGACACGACAAUGCAUCGCAUCGAUUGUCGCAAGACCUCCGACACCUAGCAGGUCAGAGUAUAUUGGAAAUGAAUAGUGCCAAACGAUCGAUCUUUCGCGGAAAGAAAGGCAAACGAGCGAGCGGUUCCUUUGCACCUGGCUCUCCUCCACAACCACAAGAAGAGGCAGAUGCCAUACUCAAGAGAACAUCGGUUUUACGCAAGACCAAAAGACCGUCUUUGCCAUCAGAGACAUCUGAUCUGAAGCCGCGAAUUUCCAGUCCGUUCGAUUUCAAGCACUUGACGCAUACCGAUCGACAUCAAUUCGCCGCGCUGACCGGAGCAUCUGAAAACGAACUCGUCGCUGGUUUCCAGAACAUUAGCUCUUCGCAAACUCCCUGCAGAGAUCUAACUGGCAUCAAAGUUAAUGACCUGCGUUUCCGGAACUUGUCUGCGGAGGGUUUAGUCACCUCGGACGCAAACCCUUUAUCACCCAUGUCAAUGAAGUCACCCCCAAUGAGCGCUGGCUUCCCUCAAGAGGAGCCUAUGAACUUUGGAUCGGCAGAAAAACCGUCGCGACCACCACUUCGCACAGCUCGAUCAGUUGAAAGCUUCUCUAGGCCAGGAGUCACCCCCCGAGUACAUCGUCACACACAAUCGGCCAACACCAACCCUCCACCACCACGCGGAUCUUCUCGUCUAGCCAUGGCACCUAUUGAUGACCUUCCAGAGGACUCAACCGAAGCUAUUCCUACAAGCAGCCGAAGGAACUCAGGGGCGUGGAAUCACCAGUCGCCGUUGAGCCCUCAAAGUCCUGGUGGACUCCUCCCCAGCAUGAUUGAAGAGUCUGAUUACGUCGGACAUGCCUUGACUACCCCCGAUAAUUCGGCCAUUCACCCCGUUACACCGCCCUUCAGUCCUGGUUUGGAUGACGUCGCCGAAGAACCAGAACGAUUCGCGAGUCCCAGACCGGCGCCACUACCCCCUGUCAAAACGUCUCUCGACAACUUUUCCUUCACCAACCCCCGGUCGCCUGUAGGGAAAUCGCACAGCCGGAUGGUCUCAUUCAGCACCUCACCCAACACACGUCCUUCCAUGUCUCGCCCAAUGUCUCAGUGCUCCGAUACUUUAGGAUCCUCUGGGGCAAUGCCGCGAAGAUCUUCAGGUCGGAGGAUGUCGGUGCGGCGAAAGUCGAACACGUGGCGUGUCAUGGAGGAGUCUUGGGAAGAUGACAUUGACUAUAUUUACGAUAACGCACUAGAAGCGGAUUGUGAUCUGGAGUGGGACUCUACUUAUGCUGACGGAACAGGCGAUGAAACGAGUCGAGAUCGCACCCCCGAGCGGUUGGAACCUAAGCGUACCUCGGACUCGUCUUGUUAUAGCACUCACGCCUCUUCAAUAAUGCCUGAAGAGGAGCCAAUCCCUCAUGAUGCUCCAACGGGCGCGACGCGUCCCAGUUUGGUGGUACCAAACGCGACGACUGUACCAGAAUUAGAGAUGCGGUCAGCAGUUUCUGCUUCCACCAUCGAUACUACCGGGGCUGAAGGUUUCAGUUUAACCCCUUCGCUCUUGAUCCCGCAAGAGUACAAGGAAGCAAUGUCCCAUGAAGACGAUUAUCAAGAUCUCAUCGCCGAAUACGAGAGUUCUGAUCGACACUUCCCGCUGCUCGAAUCAGCCCGUAGCACUGCCAGCUCCACUCGUAGCAGCCACAUGCGUUCCAGCAAGCGCAGCUCUUAUGAGAGCAGCCUGGUAUCGAGCGGACCUGUCUCCGGCUCGUGGGCGUCUGGCGCCCGGCAGUCGGGCAGCUCUUCAGGCAGCUCGUCUCUUCCGGAAUUGGUGCACUCCUCGCGUCAUGCUCGCCGAGACUUCAACGCAGUCGUUGACCGCCUAUCUCAUCAGGUAGCCUCCAUCAACUCAUUCGAUGAGUACGACAUGGAAGAGCGCGAACACGACGAGGACGAGGCCACUCCACCAGUGCACGCCUCACACGACCGAACUUUCUUCACGUCUGACGAUGAAGCCGAUGAGCGCCGUGGCUCUGUCGAGGCUGACAUGAAGAGUUCUCUGGAACUUGCACAGCGAGGCACUGCCCGCACUCCUCCUUCUACCAACCACAAAUACGCCUCUUCACAAAGUGUUUCUGGGCGCCCUGCUCAAACACUAACCCGGCACCGCGCAGCCAGCACGGCCAACAUGCACCGCAGGUACCGUGAAAAUAUGAACUCUUUCCCCACGCCUCCAGCUGUCUAG